AAGAAGUGCUCUCCUCACUCUCACACACUCCUCUAACAAGCUGAACCACUUUUCUCAAGAUGACUGCAGGUCUAUGUGUGUGUGUCGUGCUGGCUGUCCUGUGUACAAGCUGUUUGGGGCUCCCCUUCUCCUCCCAGCUCCUAGACGAGGGCCAGCGCUCCAUCUCUGCUCCUUCUGAAGCUCUCCUUGAGGCUGGCACCCACACCUUGGGAGAACCCAACCUCCAACACAGCCACUCUGCCCCGCAGCUGAGAGCUCUUCCUCUGGCUGAGGAGGAUGCAGACUCCCGAGCCAACCUCAGCGAGCUGCUGGCAAGACUCAUCUCCUCCAGGAAAGGUUCUGUGCGCAGAAACUCCACAGCAAACAGCAGAGGCAACGGACUGAGUGCCAACCAUCGGAUAGCAGACAGGGACUACGUGGGGUGGAUGGAUUUCGGCCGCCGUAGUGCAGAGGAGUACGAGUACUCCUCGUAAAGGGAAGUCAGGGCUCAUGCCCCUUCCGUAUGGGCACACAAGAAAAAGAAGAAAAAAAAACACGCAAGCUGGCUCCUCACUGUCUCACAACAAGAGUCUAUUUAUGAUGUAUUUGUUGUACAUUUGUUUGUAAAACUGUAAUAAUGCAAUAUACAUAUGCCAAAUUUUGCAGAAAAGCUCUCACUGUCCAAGAUUUGUUUGUUUCUGGUUUUCUCUGGUUUCUUUAUCAUUUUGGGUGGAGAGGAUCGGGGAUGGCAUCAGGGUCUGUUGAGGCAAACUGAACUGAAUAAAGAUUGAAAAUA